UGUCUGAUGAUUUAGAUAACCGGUGGUAUACUUCCCGCUUCGACUACCCCGGUACCCUAGGGUUCAGGGAGACAGCGGAGGGCUGUCCAGAUAAAAGGCAUCUUUCACCGGACCGACUUGCCAGAUACUAGUCUUCGACCGGAACGUGCUUACGCAAGAUGCACGCCGACAGGCACAUGUUCAGGAAGUCGUUGCAUGGCAUGGUGCCAUACAGUGCCGCGGUACCGCAGCACCUCGCACUCAGUUCUCAUUUGACCUCCUCGCUCACGUCUGGUUCCUCAAACCCUCUCAAUGGCCACCAUCAUCUGCAGAGUCUGUCUCGAGGCGCUCCAGGACAAGACCGUGGUCUCCACUCAAUGCGGCCACCUCUUCUGCUCUGAAUGCGCGGGUUCAGUCUUCUCCUACAUACCGACCCCUUGCCCCAUCUGCCGCAAACCGCAGUCUAGCCAUUCGCUCAUACGCCUGUUCCCUGAGUGGGAAACCCCCUCCGAGACCGUAACGAAUACUGUUCUCGGCCAGCCGGCCGCUCGUAACGUCUCGAGUCCUUUGGAGACGCCCCACGUCGUCAGCCGUUUGGACUCGGACUCGUCCACAAGCAGCACAGCGUUUCAACCGAUGAGUACAGCAUCUCGACCUAGGCGUCGCGGACUCAUGGAAGACGUAUCAGGUACUGUUGAUCCUGAGGCUCCGAUCAGUACGGCGUUUCGUCCUAGGCGUGGCGUACCCAUCCAAUUGCCUACUGCUCGACGUAGCGUAAGCCACACGACCAGGUCACCCCCUUCCCCUUCCGACCUUCGCAGAACAGCACGGGGCUUGAAUGCCGUGUACGUUGCUCGAGGGCCCCAGGUCACCCCGCCGGUCGCGGUAGUCGCAGUACAACGGGCACCUCCCGUGACCCUGAGAUCACGGUCGAUGGCCAUAGCCUUCGCACUCGAUCUUGAUAUCUCCCUUUCCAGGACACCAAGAGCACGGUAAUCAGAGUCUACGUUCUGAUUACCUAUGUAUUCGACAUAGGAACGUGAACGUAUGGUCGUGCGUCAUGCGCGUGCAGUGGCCAUUUAUUAUGACAAUAUGUCGUGGCAAUAUGUCUCUUGACUGUGUACACCUUUUUCCCGUGUCUACGACGUGAUCCCUGACAGCAUCUGAGCUGGAAUGUUUGACCCUAUGGUAUAUACUAGGUCUUGUCCAAAGCGUUCGCAUCACCCAGAAUUAUGUGGAUUAUUUAUUCGAAAUGAUGU